CUCAACUCCACGCGCUUGCGCCAGCUCCCCAAGUCCUCGUUCCACCCCAAUCGCUUCAGACAACAUCAGCAGCAACAAAAGGAACCUCUUUGGGGUCCCAAGACAAAAACCAACUUAACCGCUUCCUCGCUCGGUUACGGAUCGGUCCUCAGUUUCCACGCCUCCGAGCUUGACCCGGAGAACUCGCUCGCCGGCUUCCUCGACCGCGUUCCUCUCUCUCUCCGCCGCUGGGCCUGCUACCCCAUGCUCCUCGGCCGCGUCAGACGCACCUUCAAACACGUGAUCCUCGCCGACGUCAAAACCCUUUUGAUUCUCAAAGACCCAUUCGCCCGACUCAAAACUCCCGGCCCCAACUCGGUCCUUGUAUUCUCCAAACAAGAAAAACACGGCAAGAAAACGCAGCGGGUUGUUCUGUCCUCCGUUAUAAUAGGCGGCGCUCGCGGCGUGCGGCGGCUCUCCGGCGCCAUGGCUGUGGAGAUAGUCCGCGCUGCCACGCAGCACAGGAAGAGGAAAAACCCCGUGACCGAGUACGCCAUACUGAGUCAGCUCGUUGGCGGGAGCGGGUUCGUUUUGAAGAAUAAGAAUGUUGAUCUGGUCGCUUCGUCGGAGUCCAUACCCGAGGCCGGUGGCUCUUCCCCGAGGUCGUUCUGGGACUUCGCGAUGGUCCAACGCGGUGUGAGUAAUUACGAUCUUAAUUAUGUCAUCAGAAGACAAAUGUGUUCGUCUGUGUUGGAUUCUUCUGUCUAUAGAGAUUGUUAAUCAGAACAGUUUAGGAUAAAUAAUAAAAUUAAUAAUGGUGAGAUAGAAUAAUAACACACCAAGGGAAAAUUAAUAAGGAAAAUUUAUGUUGUUAUUUUUUAUUUAUCGAAUUAGUCUGACCAAUUUUGUCACUACUUUUGUGUAUACACCCAUUCAUCUUGAAAUUA